UAUUUUUAUUUAUUGUCUGCAAAAUUAUUAAAACGCUUAUGAAUUGUAUAGCCGUUGAAUUCAUAUUAAGGUCUAUGCAAAUGAAAGGUUAUUGAUUUGCGCAGUAUCUUUCGAAGAAGGAGUAAGUUUCCCGCCGUAGUUUUUGAGACGUUGAAAAAAAUAUACAGUAUGGGAAAGGUUAAAGAUGAGCCUAAGGUUGCUGCCGAUGAAGGAGACGAUGGAGAAGAGGAAUAUCAGGUGGAGCGUGUUAUUGAGAAAAGAAUAAACAAGGGAAAAACAGAGUACUAUCUUAGGUGGAAGGGGUACUCGGAUAGUGACAAUACAUGGGAACCAGAAGAGAAUUUAGACUGCCCAGAUUUAAUCAAAGAAUUUGAGGACAAAUUGAAAGCCAAAAACGAAGCCGCCGCUGCUGCUAAGAGGAAAUCUGGUGUAAAUGGUUCAGAAGAGACAGUACAAACAAAAAGAAAAAAGAAGGAAGAGGCGUCAAAAAGGGAUGAAGAUAUGUCGUCAACCAGCGGUGCCAAGAAAGCCACUGGGUUUGAGAGGGGAUUAAAGCCCGAAAGAAUUAUUGGUGCAACAGAAUCAAAUGGGGACUUGCUUUUCCUCAUGAAAUGGCAAGGAAGUAAUGAGGCGGACCUGGUGCGUGCCAAAGAGGCGAACACUAAAUGCCCCCAGAUUGUGAUAUCAUUUUACGAAGAGCGACUUACCUGGCAUGAAGAGGACAAAGAUAAGACAAGGAAAGCUAAGGAAACGUAAAGAAACAAAAAAUGACAUUAGGCCAAAUAAAAAAAUAUACUUGUUAAGCGUCACCUGCUCGCCCCUGAUUUUCUAGCCGGCUCUUUUUUUUUUGAAAAAAAAUGAUGAAAAUCAAUUAAAAAAUGCCGAUAAUUGGCGGAAAAUGAUCAUUUUUAUUCAUCUUGAGUGCAGAGAACAAGCUGUGAAGUGCGACGUACGUAAGAUUUAGUUUCUGUUAUGGCCAGUUUCAGUCUUAAGUUUUGGCUUGCCAACCAUUCAUACAGUUAUUGAAGCUAAGAAAUGCUAGGCCAGACUAGGCUAGCAAAAUAUUCAAUUCUUUGCUGUGGCAAUUCAUGGGCUGCGUAUAUAAAUGAUCCUAAAUGUGUUUCUCAAUGUUUAAAAAAGAUGUACUGACUCAAUUGUAGACUUUCUUUUAUGUACAAGCCAAAACGGUCACAUAAACUGAAACCGUGCAGAGAUAAAUCAUGGAGCAAAAAAAAAAAAACAACCAAAAUCAAAAAAAAAAAAACCCAAAAAACAAAAACGCGCCCGCACCCCCCCGCCCCUGAAAACUUUUGAGGGGGUGACGCUUAACAAGUAUAUUUUUUCAUUUGGCCUUAUUGUAAAAAAUGGAUUGUUUGUAAAAAA